CCAGAUAUGCAUUGCAACCAAAAAAAACCUAGCUAGACAUUUAAUAUUUACCCAAUUAAUGUAACAUCUCCCCUAGGUUUGAAUCAGAGAAAUGACCUGUUUUUUUUUUUUCUCCCAAUUAUUUUCGUUUGGAUUUAAUAAUAUUCUUUCUUUAAUUCUUAAUUUAGUGAUAUUCUAUAUGAAAUACAUUGUGUGUAAAGAUGGGCAAUGUUGUACAACUCAAACUCAUAGACAAUCUCAAUCAAACCGCCCAAACACACACAUGGUUGUCUUUAUUCGGCCAGCUUCGAUCCCCACCGAAAUUAUAUCGGACAACUGCUAGCUCCCAACUUGCAUUUGCCUCGCUCUCCAAAGUUUGUGUCAUUUCAAGAGCUUUCGAUGGAAAUGAAUGAUUGGGGGAAGGAACAAAGCAUAAACAUGCAAAAUUGUGAAUUUGCCUCUUCGUCAAUGGUUUUGUGAUAGUUAAAUCGAUGUAUUGUUAUCAAUACAUACAUAAUAAUAUACAUGUAUAUGAGAAAAUUGGUCUAUUAUAGUUUACAUUGUUUGCUUUCUGUGAUAGUUAUUGUAGUGUUUAAAUAAAUUAUAUUACUUUAUGGGUAAAAUGUCAUUUGUACCCUUUGUUUUUAGUAUAAAAAAGCAACACAUAUAAAAAGAUAGAAACAAGGUUGGAAGAAGAAAAAAACACAACAAUCUCAAUCAAACAAUCUCAACCAAAACUUGAGAUUUAACUAUCACUCAUUUUGAGUGAUAGUUUGUGUCACAUCAAGCAAACAAUGCAUGUAUUGUUUGUGCAAAAAAUUUAAAAAAAAAUGAUGCAUUGUGAACAUUGCAUGCACUGUAACUAUCUCAACCAAACUAUUACCAAAACAAAAUGACUCCUAGUAGAUGUAUUGAUGUGAUGCAUAUACAUGGUAAAAACUAUAAGAUUUUGAAUCUAUGGAUAUAUUUUGAAUCUAUGGAUACCUCCAUCGAGUUAUUGGGGUGUUGUGGUAGUAAAGUAUAACGAGCAUGCAAACUUUUUAUAGAAUGACUUUCGUUUGACGGUGAAUGAUAUAAGAUCAUAUUGUGGACAUCUCCCAAAAUUUCGACAUGAUGAUGAUUAUAAGAAGAAGAAAAAAAGAUAUUGUUCGUUAUUUGUCAAUACAACGUGAUACUAUAUAUUAUAUGUUGAUUCCGUUGAUUGAUCAAUCAUAUAUUUGAUCUCAAGAUUCUCAACCAUAAUAUAUUGUUUAUGUACCAUGUCAAAACCAGUUGGUCUCAAAUUUGAGUUGUUGGGAGAGGCUCAAUUAUGGAUCAUACAUCAUUUACUAACACACUCUCUCAAACGAAAGUUAGCUCAUAUGAACUUGAAGUUUGCAAGGUACGCAUACCACAUGUACUUAACAAAAUAGAUGUGCGCAAUCGAGAUUCGAACAAAAUACCUCUCGGUUACAGAAAAGUACUCUGAUAUCAUAUAAAGAACCAAUUAGUCUCAAUCACUCGAAUUAUUAGAAGAGGUUCAAUUAUUGAUCCUAUACCAUUUAUUAAGAGAUCCCCCACAAAUGCUUGAUUCAACAACGUCAUUACGCAUGUUAACCUUAGCCCCAUGAUCAACAUGUGAUAAAAAAAAAAAAAAUCUUGCCAAUAGUUACGUUGUUGUAGACAACAACCUAUUGCAGGCCAAGGUGGAGCCAUGUCAGCAUCCCUAGCUGCCGAUUUGGAUUCUUUCCAACAUGGCUACGAUCAGUCCUUUAUGAAAGAAUCCCUUGGCGCUGGCGGCGACCGACCGCCCACCCCAAAAUCCCACGUGGAAUCUGACUCACUGCCACGCACCCAGGCUGGCUGGCUGGCUGUGGCUGGCUUCUUCUUUCUUUCUUUCUGGAUCGUCAUUCCGUUGGUUGAUUCGAGCUGUCAUUUGCGACUUAUGAUGAAAUUUUUGAAAACUCAUUCAUUCUCAGCUAUAGCAAUCAUCAUCAUCAGUACAGGAUUGAAGAUUCCAUUCCAUCCCCUUAAUUAUUUAACUAUAUAUCUGCCCUUUUUUUCCCUCCCAUUUAUCACCCAAGACAAAGUUCUUGAUAUGUUGUCUGAUCACAUCGCCUUCAACUUUGGCAGUGGGGUUUUCCAAGUUGCUAGUACGUACAACUCCAAGGAAAGUUUUGUGCGGGAAGUGACAUGAUAUGGUGAAAUUAUAUGUGUGGUACAUUCUAAUCUCCUUCUAUUUGAAAACUGAUAGGUUAUGUUCCAUCACAUCAUUUAUAAAAUCAGGAGCAGACGUCCAAGGAUCAAAGAUUAAGGAGAUAAUUAAUUUGAGAAUUGGGAAGAUUUUGAAGGAAUAGAAGAAGAAAUUGGGAGAUAGAGAGAGGCCAUCAGUCUAGAAGGAGAGGGAGAGAGUAUUGAGGAUUUUUGGAAUUUGAAUGUUAUUCUUAGUUUAGUUAUGGUGAAAUAAUGAAAACGAAAUAUAAAUUCAAUUUUGAUAUUUUGGGUUAGGUUUGAGAAUUCGACUCACUCGUUAUUUUGGUCCGGCUCGUUCAGGUCCUCAUCAGUAUACUUGAAAUAUUCUACUUUGUACUUGCUAGUUCUCAAGAAACAGAGUAUAAGUAUUAAGAAAUAUAUGAAAUUUGAACUUACCACUUUGAUAUUUCAUUGCUUCUUUUUGGUACGACCUAAAGAAAAAAAUAACCAGUUAACUUCUUUUCCUUUCAGAUAGUGACCGAACUGUCAAAAUGGAAAAAGAAACAAAGCACCGUAGAAUCAAAAUGAUCUGUGAAAAAAAACAAGGUGUGAUUAAUUAGUGCAAUGUGAUUACUUUAAAUUUGGGCCAAGAAACCCUAGUGGAUCUAUCAACAGUUCAACGUAGUAACCUCAGCCCAACUUCCAAGGCCCAAUCUCUGAACUCCGUGACGACGCCGUUGCAAUCACUUAGCCACAAUUGGCAUAAAAGCCAUAAACCACGUGGCCGGCGAUUGUUAGUGCUGCCGAGUACAAAAUCUCGUCACUCCUCCCCAGAUGAACCGAUAAUAAUUGCGAAACCAGAGGGGCAGAACCGGAAAUUCAAGCAAACCCGAAAAAGAGGAACAACUCCAGCGCGGGAAAUAGAGCCGUUGCUCGGUU